AUGUCUGCUUCAGCAUUUGGUGCUUUCAUCCACCACGAAAGCGAUGCUCACACGGCUCCCAGACCUCUGGACAAAGCGAUAAUACACAACGCAAACGCCGCAGGCCCUUCUGACGUCGAAUUAGACACAUUGCAAUGGGGCCAGAAAUUGAACGGACCAUAUGAGCUCGCUCCGGCGGGAUAUUCCAUUCCGCCUACGCCAGGAGAACUCGAGCAGAGUCGACCCGCAACUCCGACAGAUCAUGUUGUGGACGCUCUAGCUGCGGCAUCGCCGUACACAACUAGGAACAAGUGGAGACUCGCAGCUGCUGGCAUGGUGUUCUUGUUUUCAGGCAUGAACGAUGCAGUGACAGGUGCGGUGCUGCCAUCAAUCGAGGCACAAUAUCACGUUUCGUACUCAAUAGUGUCUCUGCUCUUCAUCGCCAACGCCUUGGGAUUCAUAUCCUCAGCACCGGUCAUCUCUACACUUGAUGCCAAGCUUGGACGGUCUCGUCUGCUUAUGCUGGCAUGCUCGUGCAUGACUGUGGGAUUCACUACACUUACUUGUGCGCCCCCGUUUCCGGUCAUUGUCGUGGCGUUCUUUUUCUCCGGGACUGGCAUGUCUCUGUUUCUGGCAGUCUCGAAUGCAUUCAUAGCGAAUCUGAUGAACGGCACAGUCAUUCUAGGUUUUAUGCAUGGGUUGUACGGCGUUGGCGGAAUUGUGUCACCAUUGAUUGCGACCGCGAUGAUCUCGAAAGGCAUCAGAUGGUCGUACUUCUACCUCAUACCUUUGACGCUUGCAGCACUUAGCAUUGCCUUCAUGGGAUGGUCAUACCGAGGCUUCGAGGCCGAUGCGGCGGUUCAGCUGAUGACAGCAUUGGAGCGGACUGCAUCUCGUCGAAGCAUGCCAGGAGAGCCAACUAAACGGCAGCAACUAUGGAUCUCUUUGAAGAGUCGCACCACUUUACUGGGUGCGCUUUUUAUUUUCUUCUACCAAGGAAGUGAAGUCGCUAUCAGCGGCUGGGUCAUCUCUUACCUGAUCCAUUAUAGGGAUGGUGAUCCGUCACAAGUUGGAAACGUCACUUCUGGAUUUUGGGGAGGAAUUACACUCGGCCGUUUUAUUCUGACGGGCUUGUGCCACAAGAUCGGCGAGAAGAGGUCAGUCGUGGGACUAAUCAUCGGAGCCGCAACAUUCCAGGUUCUGGUUUGGGCAGUUCCGAACAUCAUUACGAAUGCGGUCGCGGAGAGUAUUGUCGGCUUCUUCCUCGGUCCGGUCUACCCAUGUGCGGUCGCAGUCUUCUCGAUGAUUUGGCCGCGGAAGAUACAAACUAGCUCACUCGGGAUUGUCACAUCUAUGGGAUCCUCUGGAGGAGCAUUUGUCCCAUUCAUCACAGGUCUCAUGGCGCAGAGACUGUCAACGGUAGUUUUGCAUCCGAUCGCCCUCUUCUCAUUUGCUGUCAUGGUUGUGGCCUGGCUCAGUCUACCGAAGAUCAUCAAAAGGACCGAAUGA